UCGUGUUGGACGUGCCCCAUCUUGGCGCCUCACAGCCUUCGGUCAAAUUUUUUGUUGCUCAACACUGAUCGGUGUUCAUUUUCACUCAAUUCCCAGCUGCGGCCCUCGAGGACGACGGGAUUUCGCGGUCCUUGGAACCGUGAAGACGGGGAACCAGCGAAACGAAGAGUAUUACCCCAAGUGACAUGACCACUUGAUUUACCGUGAGCACUCAACUUUCAAAAUGAGAAAAAUCCAUGAUAUGUUCAGUAUGGUUCAAGCUAUCACGGUACUCACCAUUCUCAAGAUGCUCACCAACGCUCAAACGACCUGCAACGGUGGCGCGGGAAGAGUAGUUUACGAAAGAUUACCCGACCAGCAGUUGCAAGGGUUUGACGACGAAGUGGUCAGAGACUCGGCGCCUCCCUUCAGGGUUCUAGAAAAGUGCCAGGAGCUUUGCCUGCGCGAUAGAACAGCAACUAACAACCUUGUCCGGGCGUGCACAAGCUUCGACUUCCAGCCGGGGAGCAGAAUCGCAUCUUUUAGCGGUACCGCCGAGUACGAAGAGAGCACCUGCUACUUGACCAGAGAACAAGCACUUCCCGAAGGUAUCGGGAACCUGAUGCUUGUGCCGAACAGCGUGCACUUUACGGAAGUCUGCCUGAUGUCUAAUAGGAUAGAAAGGGAGUGCCCGAACCGUCGCUACGUAUUCGAAAGACAUCCGCGGAAGAAGCUUAAGCUUCCGAUGACUGAUUUGAAGGAAGUCAGCGCGGCGAACAGGACCGAUUGCGAGGAUAGGUGUCUGAACGAGUUCAGCUUCGUCUGUCGGUCGGCGACUUACGACGCUGCGCUGAGAAGCUGCUCGUUGAGUCGUUUCACGCGAAGGACUCACCCCGAGCUCCUGGAGGACGACCCGAACUGCGACUACCUCGAGAACACCUGUCUAAAUGCCGAAAGACGUUGCGACGGAUUGGCCGUCUUCGUCAAGGAAGAGAACAAGCGGCUUCGCGGACCCUUCGAGGUUGACAUCUACACAAACCUGACCCUCGACGAGUGCCAAGGCCUUUGCCUAAGGGCAGACAAGUACUUCUGCCGCAGCGUGGAGUUCGACGACCAAACGAGACAGUGCGUGAUUUCGGAAGAGGAUUCGGUCUCGCAGAAGGACGACAUCGGGAUCAGCAGCAGCCCAAGUUACCACUUUUACGACCUUGUCUGCCUGGACAACCAACGUUCGAUAGCGAGGGGCUCCGAGUACCCCGACAACAGCGUGACAUCCCACCUAUUUGCCGACGGUCGACGACCGGACACCGCCUUCCAACGGUACCGGAACUCCCGGCUCAGCGGUGAAUUUCACUCGGAAAUAACCGGCAGAAGCCUCAGCGAGUGUCUCGACGAGUGCCUCAGGCAGACCAGCUUCCAAUGUCGGAGUGCCGUCUACUCCGAGCACUUCCAUACCUGCCGUUUGAGUAGAUUCAACAAACGGGACGGUCACAGGAUCAUAUACGACGCGGACUACGAUUACUACGAGAAUUUGAUGCAUCAAUACAUGGACGGUGACCGGGAUGUUCCCGGGUACAGACCGGACCCUGUGGGCCAGGACACGAACCAGGGAAGGCCGACUGUAGGGAGACCAGGUUACCCGGACGACGCCGCAUAUCCCUCGAACAACAAGGGUGACAGAUAUCCAAAUCGAUAUCCAGGGUGGGACAACAGACUGCCGGACGAUAGAUACCCGCCCGUUGGUGGCAAUCGGUACCCCAUUCCUGGCGAUAGAUAUCCAGACGAUGGUUACCCGCUGCUUGGGGCUGGUCGACCCCCCGUUUCUGACCACAGAUACCCGUCUGGAGGUGGCCGAUUUCCUAUUCCUGAUGAUAGGUACCCGGAUGAUAGAUAUCCGCCUGGUGGUGACCGGUACCCGACAUACGGAGGCAGGUUUCCGAUAGACAGGUAUCCCCCGACUGGGCCCAGUCGUUACCCCAUCGGCGAUCCCUUGGACCCGGGCCGAUUUCCUACAGGAGGUGGCGGCGGACGGUAUCCCCCUGAACCGGCUGAUCGGUACCCAACUGGUCCUGACCGCUAUCCUGGAGGAGGAUACCGCUAUCCAACCACCCUUGAACGCUACCCCGAAGACCCUCUUGAUCGAAUACCCAUCGGAACUGGUGGCAGCAGGUAUCCUCUUGAUCGAUAUCCCGUCAGCGAUCGGUUCCCGGAACGUGAUAGAGACCGCUACCCCGGGGGCAUAAGCGCGAAUGGAAUAUACCCGAGUGGUUUCGAGGACGAUAUUCGCGGUACGAAAGGAGGGUACGGAGGUCGUCCUCUCUAUGGUGGAAUCGGGAGUCGUCCUCACGGACCGUCGCGGCCCAUAGAUGGAUACGACAGCAGCUACGGCGGAAUUGGUGGUCGACCUCACGGACCGUCGCGACCCUUGGAUGGCUACGACAGCAGCUACGGUGAUAACGGUAUAAUCGGUGGAGGCUACGUUGGGGAAGGUGGAGUCCACCAAACGAGACCAUUCGGGUCGGUUGGCGGGGGUCCGAUAAUAGGCAGACCUCCAUUGAUAUCGCGGUGCGAGGACCAGGACAACUUUCGGCAGGUCGGUCAGCGGACCAGGGUGCGAAAGCCGUUCGUCCGAAGAUACACGACAGCCUCUUCCCUCGCAACUUGCGAACGAGAGUGCGCCGACGCCAGGGACUUCGUCUGUCGGUCCUUCAACUUCAGACCAUACGCCGCUCCCUACGGCGCUGAGAGAGACAACUGCGAGCUCAGUGACAGGGAUUCCCGCGACAUGGAGAUGGGCGAUCCUGUCUACUACGACAGGAGCUCGGACUAUGAUUUUUACGAGAGAAACGGCAGACAGGGAGUCGAGGAUGAGUGUCUCGACGUGAGUCAAGUUUGCAGCGAAGAGGGCAUGGAGUUCACUCUCCGAACGCCCGAGGGUUUCAUUGGCCGAAUUUACACUUACGGGUACUACGACCGAUGUUUUUUCCGAGGCAACGGAGGGACCGUCAACGUCCUCAGGAUCAGCGGAGCUCAAGGAUAUCCGGAAUGCGGUACCCAGCGAUAUGGUGAUACCAUGACGAACAUAGUGGUGGUUCAGUUCUCGGAUUACGUCCAGACCGGUAGGGACAAGCGUUUCAACCUCACCUGUCUCUUUCGCGGACCAGGAGAGGCUGUCGUCACAUCCGGCUACAUCGGUGCCGGUUCCCCCAGCAGUGCUGGAUCACCGAUACCGAUAGAAUAUCUACCCGCCGAAAACACGCUGAGUUCGAGAGUCCGGCUGUUGAUCCUGUACCAGGGGAGACCAACGACCACCAUAGCAGUCGGUGACCCUCUGACCUUCAGGCUGGAGGCUCAAGACGGGUACAACUACGUCACGGACAUCUUUGCUACCAACGUCAUAGCCCGAGAUCCUUAUUCCGGAAGAAGUGUACAAUUAAUCGAUAGAUACGGCUGCCCAGUGGACAACUACGUGUUUCCGGGUCUUGACCGUCUCCGGGAAGACAGUUUGGAGGCUCGUUUCAACGCUUUCAAAAUUCCGGAAUCCAAUUUCCUGGUCUUCGAGGCCACCGUUCGCACUUGCAGAGACGGAUGUCAGCCGGCUUACUGUUCGGGAGGCGCUGGUCGAAGCGAACCAUCCUUCGGUAGGAGGAGAAGAGACCUUGGAGACGUGACUUUGAUGGACGAGAACGAGGAGGACCAAGUCAACGUCACAACAACGGCCGCCUCCGCCGCAUCCAACGUCCAAAACAGCACGCGAAAUGACGAAGAAGACGAGAAUGAAGAGGAACACGUGAGGGAGAUGAUCGAGGUCUUCGACUCUCGGUAUGAUAUGGUCGAGGACAACAUGGUCGAGAAGCAUACCAAGGUCUUCGAAUCCGUUUGCAUCACACCCAGCGAGUAUUACGGACUUGUUGUGGCUGUCGUUGGGCUGGUUGUUCUUCUCGUAUCCGUAGUUCUGCUCUCAAUGCUCGUUUACAGGAAAUACGCCUAUUCGAUAAUCGUCAAGAACAGACACGCUGACAAGUCUUCGCAUCGCAGCAGCAAUCCCGAAGACGCGUACAGCACACGAGCGCAGAAUAAUUUUUCAUUUCUGAGAUCAGGACUUCAGAAGCCUUUUCAGUCGACAUCGAUUUCCAGAUCGUUGAGUCACGUCAUCAAUCAACGAUUGACAAGUUCCGGUGGUCUGGAAGGCGCCGUAGGAUUAGCGGGCACAAGAAGGGCGGGAUUUGAUCCUAGCGAACCGAUUUACACCGAUCCUUCACUCUUUGAAAGCGCUCACUGUUCGGGGAACGAACCAAAAUCUGCACGAAACGAAAACUUUCAUCUGAUGUAAAGGUGGGGGCAAAAAGGAAUGAACAAAUUUUUUGAUCUAUAAAUCAAAGAAAAAAUAUACUCUUAUGAAAAUUUCUCGCGGACGCGCUGCGAUGCUUCAAAUGAUAUGUCUGAUGCAUCAAAGACGUCUUUUUCAUACGGAUGAAGCUUCGAAUCAACGUCGUCAUUUUUAAGACUUUUGAAAAUCAAUCUUAUUUCAAUUAAUCAAUCUUAUAUAUACCUGUGAAGUAAUUGAACUCACCAUGAUGCAAUUUUUAAAGCACAGUCAGUCAUCGGUUAAUUCUGUAACGAUUUUCUCGAUUUUCACGUACCCGGAAUUCCCAGCACUUUUAUACAUUUAACAUAUAACUACUGCCGACGACAACUGCCUGAAAUAUUUCAUACGAUCGAUGUAUGAACAUUCUCCAUGUUUAGUAAAGUUGAUGAGAAAAUAUAAUUUGUUUUUUCUUUUCAAUAAAAGGUACAAUAUGUUUGUUCCGCAGAGUGUAAAGUGGAUUCAUGUGAGGCUUGAAUAAUUUCUGGUUAUCUUAAAGUAUGGAAUUUCAAAAAUUGUCUGUAUCAAUGAAUUUUGAGCAAGCUGUACACCGGCCUGAUUCACUAAAAGCGAAGGAAAACAAUAAGAAAGUGUCACACUGUCUGUAUGCACUACAAUUAAAAGUAGAAAUUAAAAAAUUGAAAGUAGUAAUGAACAAAAUAAUUGAUCAAUUAAUUGCAAAUACUAAUCUUACGUAAUGUCAAUUUGAAUCUAGACUAGGUAUAAAUAGAUAUAUACUUUAGGGUAUUUUGUAUUAACGAACGCGUAUAAUGUAGGAUGUAUGUAAUAGAAUUAUAUUUAUUUGAAACAGACAGCGACGGAUCGGCCAGACGGUAUAAUCGCGAAGCUCUAUAAAGCGCACUGUGAAUCUAUUUUACGCAUUUAUAUAAUUUGUAUAUGUUAGAAUAGAUAAAUGAUACCUUACGGUUGGAAAUUUCCAUUCAGUUCUCAAUGAACUGUUGAAUCAGAGUUGAAUUUUAAAUUCUACAGAAACGCGAAGAACAAUGAGCAACAAUAAAAGGAAGAUAUUACAUUGUUUGAGAAAUUACAGUAUUUUGAAAAGUGCGUUAUACAAUGAUAUUUUUUUCUCUUGAAUUGAAAAUAAACCGCAUAAUCUAUUACUGUAUAUGUAUGAUACUAACAUUGAAUUUGAAAUAAGGUAGUCAUUAAGACCGUUAAAAUUAACAAAAACACAAACAAGGUAUGCAAUUUUUUAUAUUUAUUAAACUGUAUGAGACGAUAUUUAAUAUAUCUGUUUAUAUGAAAUAAACAAAAACCCCAUUGAAGCAA